UCACGAAAAUUCUUAUUCAAAUCCCAGUGGUAUUAGAUAUCUAACAAAGAUCGAUUCUACUCUGAGCUAUCGAAAAUGACGGCUAUGGCUUUGCCAGAGACUCCGGCAAAUGAUGACGUGUCGGGAGGGAUGUCUCGGAAUUCUCUCAUACACUCUCGAUCGCCUCCACAGGGUAUUUGCACACUCUCAGAUUGCUUAAUUACACGUUCUGGUGGUUUGAAUGUUGUUUGUGUUUGUGUUGUUUAAGGAGCCGAAAUUGUUGAGAGAAUACGGCGAAUGCAGGAGCUUCUUUACUAGGAGUAGAGCUUGUUGGAGUAUGCCUCGUCACUACAGAUCUUGCUUCCAUGAAUCAUACUCAGAGUGAUACAGGUGCUGGUGAUGCAGUUGAUCUUCUGGAUGCAGGAUAAAAGAUGGAGUUUGGAGAAAUCGUUACUUCUACUUUAGCGUUUUCUUCUCAUUAGUUGUUUACAUUGUACAGUCAGCGUCCCCGUCAAUUAUUCAUCUUGUGAUUGGGCCACAAGGUCUGACUAGGCGGUUGAGUUAGUUGAGUCAGGCGGGAGUUUGUUAUUUAAAACAACAACCUUCUUCUUCAUAUAUACUCUCUAUCAAAUUCUGUGAUCAAUUUGCACGAUUUUCACCAUGUUUGACUCAAUUCUUCACAUGGUAUCAGAGCCUUCAUAUUGAAGGUCUCUGGAUACUUUAUCUUCGCCUGAUCAAUUACGUUGUCGCUGCAAUCUAACACUUGAACAUGACGGAUUCGGCUUCGAUGGAAGCGGAUCAAUACGAGAAGGAGGUGCUUUAUUUGCAUCCUUCAGAUAAUUCCAGCUUUGUGCUGGCAUCUUCACCGCUGAACGGAUCUAAUUAUUUGACUUGGAGUAGAGCACUAUAUGUUGCUCUAGGAUGCAAGAUGAAACUUUGUUUCAUAGACGGAUCAUUUCCUCGACCGACAGUAGGCUCUCCCUUGUUUGAGCAGUGGCGACGAGCGGAUCUUAUGGUCACUUCGUGGCUAUGGAAUUCGAUUUCAAAGGAGAUAGUCGAAGGAUUUAUGUAUGUGACCUCUUCACGAGAAUUAUGGCUUGAAAUUGAACCCAGAUACGGACGUAGUAGCGAACCUAUGAUUUAUCAGAUACAGAGAGAAAUCUCCACAAUCUCACAGGGGGAUAUGACAUUAACUUGCUACCUAACAAGGGUGAAAAAGCUGUGGAACGAGCUAUUUUGUCUAGCUCCCUCACCUAAAUGUACUUGUGGAGGCUGUACGUGUGGGAUCAACAAGGCUGUUGGUGAGAGGCACACAGCAACGCAACUGAUGCAGUUCCUCAUGGGUCUCCAUGAGAACUUUGACAAAGAGAAGAGCCAGCUUCUAAUGAUGGAUCCUUUGCCUGAUAUCGAGAGGGCAUUUUCUAUGCUUUUUGCUGUAGAACAGCAAUGUAGCGUGCAGGUUCAACUUGCUGAUUGCACGAAUAAUGCAGCGUAUCAGUUUUCUUUGAAAGAAAAUAAGAAAGACUCCUCAAACAAACAGUCGCAGAAGCGAAGGCCUUUUUUGGAUAAGCGCAGUAUGAUGUGUACCCAUUGUCACAAGUCUGGGCACUUGAGGGAUACGUGUUUUCAACUCCACGGUACGCCAGAAUGGUACAAGGCGUUGAAUGACAAGAAAAAGCAGUAUGGGACAAAUUACAACCUUGUUGCAAACAUAGAAACAAAGAGAGCAGGCACUGGAGAGGUUUCAACAUCAAAUUCUGAACCUAAAGCUAAAGUUGCUGAUUUGGUAGCAGAAUUAUUGAAGCUAAUGAGGAGUAAGGAACCACCUUCAGAUCCUAUUUCGAACUACGCGAACUAUGUUAACUAUGAAGAACAGUUCGCAGGUAAUGCUUCUUGUUCUUCUGCUUUGAAUUUGGGUGAAUGGAUAAUUGACACAGGAACUACGAAUCAUGUGUGUGCUCAUUUAUCUUACUUUGUUUCCUACUCUGUUCCAUCACAUACACAAGUCAUUCAUCUACCUGAUGGCACAAUCAAGACUGUUACUUACAUUGGUAUAGUGAAAAUUACUGAUAAGCUUGUUCUUAGUUCGGUUCUUUACAUACCAGAUUUUUCGGUUAAUCUCAUAUCUGUUAGCCAGCUUUGCAGAAAUAGUUCCUACUCUUUUUCUUUCACCUACUCAAGCUGCAUCUUGCAGGACCAGGUCUCUAAGGAGGUCGUGGCAAAGGAGAUACUAACUAAAAAUCUUUACAUUGUGCAAUCCCUUAUUUGUAAAGCUCAUGCUCAUUCCAUUGUACCCACUCCCAUUUCCUGUUCUGCUAUUACUGACUGUAACAACUCAUUGUGGCAUAAAAGAAUGGGGCACGCCUCAAUGAUAGCUAUUAAACAUAUUCCAGAUUGUAAAUUUGUUGAUGACUCUUUUGAGACAAAAUGCGACAUAUGUCCUAAAGCUAAAUAA